AUGCACGAGAUCUGUAUUGAGACAAAACAGCGGGGAUCGCGGCUCUGGGUCGAUGCCGAGCAACAAAUUCUCCAGAUUGGUCUUGAUGAUUGGGUGAUUGAAUUAAUGAGGCAGUACAACCAAGAUGGAAAGGCGCUCAUUUACAAUACAAUCCAGGCCUAUCUGAAAGCAGCAAGAUACAAUGCUGCUCGCCACAUCAUACUGGCUGCGAAAGAAGGGUGGACGCUAGGUGUCAAGCUCGUCCGAGGGGCCUACAUCGAGCAUGAUGUUCGUUCACUGAUCCACGAUACUAAGGACGAGACCGACCGCUCGUACGACGAUAUUGUCGAAAUGAUGAUUUCCCGCAAGCUCCCCAAGACAGAGGAGUGUGAAAAGCUCACUUUCCCCGCUGCUGCCCUCUUCCUAGCCACACAUAACCAUGCUAGUGUUGCAAAGGCGGUGGAAAUGUACCUUCUCAGGCUCAACGAGGGUCGGUCGACGACGAGUCUGGAUUGUGGCCAAAUCUAUGCCAUGUUCGAGGCGAGGAUUGCAGAACCCGGCGGGGAGACGUGA